UAUCAAUAUAAGCCGUUGUAGUGUAGAACAAAUUAGUUAAAUCUAUAAAUACAUCAAAAACAUAUUAUUAUGAUACCCAAUCAAAAGAAACAUCCAAAAACAUAUCCGAUUGACCCCGAUAAUGAAUUACUGGUAUGGGAAAAAUGGAUAACAAUAAGAAAGGAAGAAACAACCAAAUUGGCCAAACAAACACGACGGCCACCUGCCGAUUUAGUUAUGAACUUAUAUGAAAACGUCCGACCGGAUAGAGAAAGAAAGAUUGCUCUUGAAGAAGCUAAAAUACCACAAAAAGUUGGGGUAAGGGACAAUUUGUGGGAGCAACCACAAAGACUGAACCAAAGAUGUUACUGCGAGCCAGCUUAUGAGAUCCAGAGAACACGAGCUGAAAUGGGUCGUCCUCGAAAAAUUGAGCAUAUUGACGUUCCUGCCCACAUUAAAGCUACCGAACUGGGUUUCGCCGGUAUACAUCAUCGAGUACAAUGCGAACAUUUAGAUAGUGAAUAUCAUCAGUAUAGAGAGAGGCGAGAAAAAGAAUUGCAGAAUAGUAUUUUGAAAAUAGAUCCAUUCAGACCUGAAAUGGGCACUUUAAUGGUUAAAGGUAUCAACCCACCGCCACCACCAAAAAAGAAACCAAUAUUACCUGACGUAACGGAAACUCUUGACAAUAAUCCUGCAUGUGAUAAUCUCCAUGCCGUAUACGCGUUAAGAGUAAACAAUACAAUUUUACUUAAAGAAGGGCCCCAGCAGAACUUGACUGAUUUAAAGCAAAAACAAAAGGAGCCAUGGCACGAAAAUUGUACUUCCUGGAUAUAUUACUUUAAUACCCCAGUAACCAGGGCUGGUAGGAGUAAAUUAUAUCUUCAAAAUCUCGGCACUGUCACAAUUAGAUACUGCUGGAAAAAACUUAAAAAACCGAUUCCCUUUAUACCUGAAGACGAAGUGCAAAUGUUCUUUUUCAAUAAAAAUGAAGACAUACUGACACCUGGUCAAGAGAAAUAUGUGUUUUUCACGUUUGUAUCUGAAAAACCUGGUAUUUACAAAGAAUAUUGGGAAUUAAGCUUAUGCAACAUUUGUUUCUUUGAUACUAUUACAGAUAAACUUGUGAUUAAUUUACUAGCAGAUUCUAAAGAAGAUUACAUGACAACCAGCAUGGCAAUUGCACAACUAAAUUCGGAAAUCGACAUUAAGUCAAUCCAAUUUGAUGCAUUACAAUUAAUAAAUGACGCUAUAUCGAGGGCAGCUGCUAUACAACCCGAAAUAUAUCUAUACAAGAAUUAUUUUCUAGAAGCUGAAAUAUUUAUCAUGAAGAAUCCGGUUUGUUUCUAUCACCAAACUGAGGUAGCAAAAAUGAAAGAUUAUUAUGCGGAAAUGAAUGGAGAUGAAGAAUGGGAUCUAUCCAUACGAAGUUGGAGAGAGCAGAUGUUAAAAAAGGAAUUCGACGAAAGAAUGAAGUACUAUGAAUUACUACGGAAAUCGCAUAGUGAUUUCUUGAAACCGUGGUAUGAAGGCGACGAUCUUUUGAAAUCCAAAUAUCGUGCAGUAAUGCUGUUAUUGGGUCAGUUAGCAGAGAAAUUUGAUUCGGAGCACGAUCGCAUUUAUAACCCAGCAGAAGAAGCGCAAUCACCAGAUACUACAUAUACGAGUAUUCCAAGUAGAGAAUCACUCUACGCAGAUAAACCAAACAUUGAUAUGAUGCGCAAUUUAUAUUACAUUAAAAUGUUCGAACAUAUAGGCGACACUAUGGAGGCCUGUGCUGGUAUUCUUAGCAGUUUAGAUUUAGACAGGUGGAUUGAAUUCGAUUUCUGUCGUACAUAAUUUAUU